AAAAUAUGACAUGGACAUCACUUUUAAGUUCUUCAUAAUAUAUCCAAACUGUUUCCAUAUUCUUAAGAAAACUUCUCUAUAUGGCACCCUUAAUUUCCAAGUUCAAACAUCAAUCAAGAAAACUCACACUUCUCCUCAACAUAUCUUUCAUCUUCCUCCUUUUUCUCCUUCUACAAUCCUAUCUCAACUCUUCCAACUCAAAUUUUAAUGAUGGCCAUGUCAAUAAUGUUACCUUCACAGCAACCAUCUUCAACCAUGCCAUGUUGCUCAAUGACAUUAGUGUUGAUGGCUGCAAUGACCUCCACAACUAUUCAGAUUAUACCUCUAAGUGUUCAUAUGUCAAAACCACCCUUAGUUGUAGGUCAAAAGGGUACAUAAACUAUCUUCAAAUAUUUUAUUGCAAUCUAGGAAAGUUUCCAUUUUUAGGACAUUCACUUCUUGCCUUAUGGCUUUUGGUUUUGUUCUAUCUUUUGGGUGACACAGCUUCCAAUUAUUUUUGCAAUUCCUUAAAGGGUCUUUCCAACAUCUUGAAUCUCUCUCCUACCAUUGCUGGAGUAACCCUUCUUUCACUUGGAAAUGGUGCUCCUGAUUUUUUUGCGAGUGUUGUUUCUUUCAAUGGAUCAAUUAGCAAUAAUGAUGGUGAAGUUGGCUUAAACACUAUUCUUGGAGGUGCUUUUUUUGUGUCUAGUUCUGUUUUGGGGAUUAUAAGCAUCUUAGUUAGUUCAAAUCAAGUUGAAGUUGAUAAGGCUAGCUUCAUUAGAGAUGUCAUUUUCUUCCUUUUCUCUUUGCUAGUCCUCCUUAUCAUCAUUUCCAUUGGUGAAAUUACCUUGUUUGGUUCAAUUUGCUAUGUUUCUAUCUACUUUCUCUAUGUUUGUGCUGUCUCAACUACACAUCUUUUCUAUGAAGGGGAUAACAAUAAGACUAAGAAAGAAAAGGAAUUCACUUUAUUGUGUUCAGAUGAGUUGUUACUGAUAGAAUCUGGCAUACCAUUGCUUGGUUAUGUUGAUAAUGAGAAUGAGAAUGAGAAAGAGAAAAGGAAGUCUAACUUGGCAAAAAAAGUGAUACUUGAAGAUAAGGAAGAAAAAACAGAAAGUUUUGGUAACGAUUCAAUUUGUUGUAUUUACUUUGGAAAGUUACUUCAUUUACUAGAGUUACCACUUUUUUUACCAAGAAGGGUUACUAUACCAAUUGUGAGUGAUGAAAAAUGGUCUAAACCAUAUGGAGUUAUAUCUGUCACAUUAGCACCAAUUUUAUUGGCAAUUAUUUGUAAUGUCCAAAAGGAAAACAUGUGUUCAAGGAAUAGUGUAGUUAUGUAUUUGAUAGCUACUUUGAUUGGCAUAGUUUUGGGAAAUAUUGCAUGUGUGAGCACUAAUAGGUGGACCCCACCUAAGAAAUCAUUGUUUCUAUGGCUUGUAGGUGGUUUUAUUAUGAGCAUAACAUGGACUUACAUAAUUGCUCAAGAGCUUGUUUCCAUAUUGGUUUCAAUUGGGAAUAUAAUUGGGAUUAGUCCUUCAAUCCUUGGAUUAACUGUUUUAGCUUGGGGUAAUUCUCUUGGUGAUUUGAUAGCUAAUGGUGCUAUGGCUUUAAAUGGUGGAUCAGAUGGUGCACAAAUGGCUAUAUCUGGUUGUUAUGCUGGUCCUAUGUUUAAUACUUUGAUGGGUUUAGGAUUCCCUCUUGUUCUAUCAUCAUGGUCUCAUUAUCCUCAACCUUAUGUCAUUCCUAAGGAUCACUCACUUUAUGAAACAAUUUUGUUUUUGAUUGGAGGGUUGCUUUGGGCACUUGUGAUAUUGCCAAAGAAGGAUAUGAGGUUGGAUAAAUUAUUGGGGGCAGGACUCUUGAGUAUAUAUUUAUGUUUUUUGUUUAUAAGGAUUUCCAUGGCUAUUGGUAGUAUUGAAUUCUAGAUGUAGUUUCUAAGGAGAAAAGGGUCCAUUGUGGUCCAUCUCAAGAAACUUUGUUAAUCAUACAUUUCACAACAAGCAAGUCCAAUUUGUAAAGUCAAUUAUAUCUCCUAUUAUUACUUGUAAUUGAAUCAUCUGAUCUAACUUUGCAAUUAUAAGUAGGUAGUUAGGUACUUAAUACUCUAA